CUAUUGUUCUUCAUUUAGUAGUAGCAUAGAUAUGGUUGAAUAAUUUAUUACCUCUUUUUACGUAAUUAAGAGUACCAAACAAAAAGUAGAUCUAGAUCUUCUCUCUCCGGUGUCCGGCGAGUUUUGCUGGCGCCGUGAGAGGGUGGGUUAUUGUCCUAAGUUCUGUUUUAUGAGGUUUGGUCGAGGUGUUGUGGUGGGUAAAGAGGGAUCCACCAAGAAGCUUGUGAUAUUCUGGUGAGUUUAUGUUUGGUUUGGGUUGUUUGUCGGUUCCUAUCUGGUUUCUGGUACGCGGUGGUUGUAUUCAGCCGGUUCAGAUGUGGGUGCUUAAGCUUUCUUGGAUCUGGUCAGACAACCUUCCAAACGAGGCAUCAGAUGUCAGAGAUCUUCUGGUCAUCUUCCUGUCAGCUUCUUUUCUUCUGGCUCUAUUUUCCGGCGACCUGACUCCCGUGUUUCGGGCUUCGUCUCUGGCUUACAGUGGCUAUCUUAGCACUAUAAGGCUGGCUUUUGGCUCUGACGGUGUCCCUUUCUGUCCGGGAAUCGUUGGCCUUUGUCUCGGAUCAAUCGUUUGAAUAUGAAUCAUGUUUCAGAUUGGAAGUUUGCGUGAAGUGAAGUUGGAAACUUUGGUUUGGUCUGUUGAAUACAUUAGCGGCAGGUCCUCCUGUAUGGUUGCUUAAUUGCUUUGUGAAUGAGGAAGUCCAAUCCUCUGUUUAAUGGCUAUGAGUAGUCUUUGGAAUUCUUUUUUGGUAUAGGUAUGGCGACGGAAAGUGUAUUAGUCGUAGACUCAUAAUCAGGGGUUGGUUUGAUAAUUGUGGGGGGUUUUUGUGGCCUGGGGGUGUUAGCCUUGUAAUGGUUUGGAAACAAUGUUUAAAGUUCAAUAUAAUCUAACAGAUGACUUAAAAAAAAAAAGAGUACCAAACAAAAAGAUGUUGAAAAAAUAUAUUUUUUUGGAACACGUUAAAAAUAUAUUUAAUGGAGAUUAACUACCCAUUAUAUAAAUGUCGUCUGACUUUGAGAGUAACCAAGCGACUUGUUAAUCUAAACGAUAUUCAACCUGUUCAUCUUCUUUCCCCGCCAAAUCCAAACUCGGCAAUGGCUGAAUCUGACACGCGGGAGACUAACUGCGUGUACGUAGACACCAGCCUAGACACUCAUCUCCUGGUUCUCCUUCACGACCGUGAAACCAUCUCCGAGUUCAAAGUGAAACUAUGCAAGGAGCAUCAUGAGUGUUUUCCCGAACUUGGAGAAAUUGAUAUAUCUGCGGUUAAGGUUAAUCGUGAGAAUACGAGGGGUCUCCUUUUUGAUUAUCACUUGCCAGAUUCUAUGCUCUUGAGUAUGGUUUUCAACGGCAUCGGUCGUAAUUGUUGGUUUUUGUUUGUUGAUGCUGCCGUCAAAGUUGAAAAUUGUUUAAACCAUGAGGAAGACAAGAAUGAUUCUCUACUUUUCGAGGAAGAAGAUUUGGAAGUUGAGAAGACAAGAAAGAAGAGAGAACUGGAACUUUCCGAUGGAGAAAAGAGUUGGAAAAAACCAAAGGUUGAUGAUCUUAAUCAAUCUUCUGCUGCUGCUUCAGAAUUUGAUGUUGAUGGGAGUCACGAGUUAAGUGGAAAUGUUCAGCUUCAGCUUGAAGUUGUUGCUACUGAAUCUUCACCGAGAAAAAAACUAGAUGAUGAUACUCUUCCGGAAACAACAACAAGUAAAGAAACUGAGAUGGGUGAGAAAUCUGUGGAAGACGAUGUUGAAACUCAUAAUCUGGUUAGCCACCAGGCAAAUCAUUUAGCAACCAGAUCAGAUACAGAGAAGAAGAGAUCAGAAGAUGACAUCAAUCAGUCUUCUGCAGCUGUUAUUUUUACAACUUCAAAUGUAGAUAGUGUUGCUGCUACUCCUGAAUCCCUUCCAGCCUCUGGAGGAGAAAAUCGUGGUAACCCUUUUGCUGAAGCAACUCAGAAAGAAAUUGAGAAAUCUGUGGAAGAUGACACUGAAACCGAAAAUCAUUUGGACACUAACAGUAGGCUAACAGCCAGACCAGACGCAGAAAAGAAGAGAUCAGAAGAUGAAGCAAAUCAAUCCUCUGCUACUACUGCUAUUACAACUUCAAGAGAUAUUGUGAAUGAGAUAGGUAAAUUUCCUGGAAAUGUACCUGAAUCUCUUCCAAUCUCUAGAGGAGAAAAUCUUGAUGAUUCUUUUGCAGAAGCAACUCAAAAAGAAAAUGAGCUGGUUCAGAUUUCUUCUAUCGAUGAUGUGGGAAGAGAUCAAACUGAAACUGACAAUCUAGUGAGACACACAACAAAUCAUUUGGACACUGUCAGUGAGGUUACCACCAGACCAGAUAGAGAGAAGAAAAAAAGAAGAAAGAAGAGAUCAAAAGAUGCCAUCAGUCAGUCUUUUUCUGCUGCUUCAAUUACAACUUCAAGAGAUAUUGUGAAUGAGAUUAAAGGAGUUCCUGCUGCAAAUGUUGAUUCUGUUGAUGCUACUCCUGAAUCUCUUCCAAUCGAAAAUCUAGGCAUUCCUUCUUCUACAGAAGCAAGUCAGAAAGGUAAUUUCAAUUUUAUCUCAUCAACUCAUAAUGUCAUUCUUGAUUCUUGGCUGAAAACUGAGACGAUUUAUGAUACUUUGGGAUGUGGAAAAGCUAUACCAAGUGCUGCAGAUAAUAUCCAGGCCAGUAAUGCUGAAGCCGAUGCCGAUGAGGCUAAAUCAGUGAAGUCUAAUACUAAGACCAAAAAAUCCAAGACCCCAGCUGAAGAAGAAGAUACUCUGGUCGUUUCCUCUGAUGCACACAAUGUUGAUGAGUCUGUCAAAGCUGUGGAAGGAGAAGAGCCUGAUAGUAUUAUCAGAAAUGAAACCGAGGAAAACAAUGCUUCUCUUGAGGUUGCAGACUCCCAAGAAUUGUCAGUUGAUGAUGUAAACAAUGCUGCUUUGGAGGUUGCAGACUCCCAAGAAUUUUCAGUUGAGGUAAACAAUGCUGCUCCGGAGGAGACCCCUCUCAUCAAAGAUGCUGAGAGCGAUGCUUCACUUUUGAGAAAGUGCGCUGAUGAUGCUGUGGAUAAGAGCCUUUCCAAGAAAAGUCUAACUGAUGAUAUGGGAGACAAUUUUGGUUGCAGCCAAAAUCAAGAGAAACCAGAUCAAGUGGCUGGUGGGGCUAAAUCUAAAAAGGAGAAGAAGGGGCUUGAUCUUCAUCCAAGCGGUUCCUCUAAUGGUUCAUUGGGCUCAAUGAAACCGAAAGAGAAAAGAGGUAGAGCUCAACAACCAGCUAGCUCAAGUACAGAUCCUUUGCAGUCAAGGGUUCCAAAUGAUGCCAGUGAUGUGACUUUUAUGUCUAGGAAGCUAAGGUAACCUAUAUAGAUCCCAAUUUAACUUAAACCUCAUGCUCCUUUCUCUCUAUCUGACACGCUAAUAUUUGAUCUGAGCAGGAAACAAUCUGGACGGAGUAACAAAUAAGUAAGUGACUUGUUAGCGGUAUCAUCUAUAAGCUACACAAACUAAAUAUAUUAUGCUCAUGAAACUUGUAUGCCUUGUCUUGUGAACAGGUUUUCAGGGAGCCUACAAGAUAUCCUGAGAAGAUCAAGCAGUUACAAGAAGGCUUUAAUUAGAGCUCAGUCACAACCUGAUAUAGACGAUGACUCUCCCGUAGAUUGCAUUCCUUCUUACCUAUUAUCAUUUUCUGGUUUAGUGCUGACUAAAAACCCGGUAAUGAUGUUUAAAAGUCAUGUCUUAUAUUAAAAGUCACCACAAGGGUCCACAACAUUAGCUAGAUGUUAUGUCUUAUAUUUUGUCUUCAUUGCCUCUUUUUCAAGUGGUUUCAAUAAUUAUUCGUUUCACUUUGUAAAUGGAUCAUAUCAUGUCUCACCACUCCUUGCUUGCUUGGUUUCAAAGUGUAUUAAGUUUAUCUUCUAGUUCCUCGGACUACAUGGUUCUCAAUGGGUUAAUGAAUAAAUUUGUAACUAAGCCAUUGUAGACAACACAGUUCGAAGAACUGAAACACAAACUUGGAAUGACUUUGAAAUGGAUCAAGGAGUGAUGAGAUAUGAUAAAAGUAUGCAGCAAAGGUUGUGGUGCUAUUAUCUUUUAAGUUUAUGUGUCUUUAUGUCAAAUAUGAGACUCUUGAUACAGGUAAACCCA